GUGAUAUGGAUGAGCAUAAUAAAGCCUGACUCUUUCAUUCACCAGUGAAUAUACUAAGUGAGUAACAGAGAUUGUGGUGUCACAGUCAAAAUUGUGUAGUUUUGGACUUGGACACAUUUGGAUAUUUAAAGCAUGAAGGUUACAAACAGUAAUGUAAUUCAGUUUCACCUUGAAGUUAUUUAUGGGAUAACUGUGAAGAGCUUUGAGAAGAAAAAGGAGAGGCUGGUCAUCGGUGUUUCAAAGGUCUUUGGGGUUCCUCUGGAAAAUGUACCCAGGCAAUACAUUCCUGAGUUUGGACUGGUGCCCUGCUUUUUGGUGGAUGCUUGUUCAUUUCUUCUGGAGCGUGCUAGGACUGUAGGCCUGUUCAGAAAACCGGGCUCUCUUCCUCGCAUUAAGACCCUCAAGGACAAGCUGAAUUGUCAAGAGGGGUGUCUAUCCACAGCCCACCCUUACGACGUGGCAACUCUAAUCAAACAGUUUUGCAGGGAGCUGCCGGAGCCUUUGUUUCCCUCAGAGCUCCACACAGCUCUACUUGAAGCCCAGGCGCUGCCCAACCUGCAGGACAGGACUUCAGCCCUUCAGCUGCUGUCCUGUUUGCUACCUGCCAGAAACUUCUCCUGUCUGCAUUACCUGUUUGACUUUCUCUGCAAAGUCUCCCAGAGAUGCACUGACAACUUGAUGACCAGCUCCAACCUCGCUACAGUCUUCGCUCCGUGUCUUUUGCCGCCUCCCAACAAGGCAGAGAUGUCUGAAGGGAGACUUGAACUCAGAGUUCUUGUCCUGCGCAAAUUCAUCGAAAAUCCUGACUUAUUCGGUGUGAUUCCUAAAGCUGUAAUGGACAGUAUGGAGUUUCUGAUGAAUUUCCAUCUUCUAAAAGACGAAAAGAGAAGGCCAAAAAAAAGACACAGUUUCAAAGUAAUGCAGUCUGGUAAGACAGCCUCCUGGAUUCAAGGAAGGUCAAAGGUCAGGCCUACAGUCUCUGAGCAGAACCAAGGGUCCAUCUCAGGAGAGAGAAAAUCGCUCAGGAGGAGCCUCGGCCUGGAGACUUUCCCUAAUGUCCAGCUCUUUAGGACCUUUAUGCCUUUUGCAGACCAAACUCUCAAACCUGCAACGGCUUUAUUGGACAGUCCCCCCAAACAUGCAUGCAAGACCCUGCAAGAGAGACUAAAAAGAGAUCUGCAUUUGGGUCAUUACUCAAGAUCCUCCAAAGGACCAGAUGCAGGCAGCUCUCCUGUUCUCAUUGGUGUCGGGAAACUAGCAUUGUGGAGAAGAUCCACUUCACUAUAUUAUAAAUAUUUACCCUACCAUGUCUUAAUAGGAUACAGCAUAUGUGUUACACGCCUAAAUCGAUUGUUUUCUUCCCCGCAGAUGACAGAAAUGGGCUCGGCGGUGCGGUUAUCGUUGCUCGGCCUCUUCCUGUGCAUGCAGCUCGGCAGGGCUCCAGCCCGCAGCCCCCGCACGGCGGACCAGGUGUCUGAGGCCGACAUCCAGCGGCUCCUGCACGGCGUCAUGGAGCAGCUGGGCAUCGCUCGGCCCAGGGUGGAGUAUCCCGCCCACCAGGCCACCAACAUUGUCGGGCCUCAGAGCAUACAGGGUGGUGCUCACGAGGGGUUGCAGCACCUCGGUCCCCUUGGCAACAUCCCCAACAUCGUGGCUGAGCUGACAGGCGACAAUGUUCCCAAAGACUUCAGCGAUGACCACGGCUACCCAGACCCUCCAAACCCCUGCCCCCUGGGAAAGACAGCAGAUGGCUGUUUGGAAAAUGCUCCGGACACAGCUGAGUUCAGCAGAGAGUUUCAAAAACACCAGCACCUAUUUGACCCAGAGCACGACUACCCAGCCCUGGCGAAGUGGAACAAGGAGCUUUUGUACCAAAAACUGAAAGGAGGCCCGAAAAGGAGAAAAAGGAGUGUCAACCCGUAUUUAAAGGGCCAGAGGUUGGACAAUGUGGUCGCCAAAAAAUCUGUUCCUCACUUCUCUGAGGAAGAGGAGGAAGAGGCACCGACCGCCUCUGCUGCCAGCAAAUCCACAACCUAAACUCCUGCACCUGCAACACCGACUGUAAUAUUAAAGCGUACUCUCGGUUUUUAACUCUACAUAUUUAAGCAUUUUGGUUGACAAGCAAUGGGAUUGUGACUUCAGUGCAAGUACUGAAAAAUAAGAACGAUUUUUUAAGUUGUUCACACUUUUUUAUUGUAUUGCAGAAAUAUUAAUUGGCCCAGAUCCUGUUCAAUAAUUAGCCACAACAUCUGUCUCACAACUUUUGCUCUUAUUUUUAACAUAUGGGCUUGAAUGGUAGACCGUAACAGUACAUCUUCCCAUGAUAAAGCAUUACGAUCCGAGAGCUUGGUCCAUGGAAACAACAUUUUAUGGCCUUGUUGACAAUCUGUGACCCUCAUCUGUCAUCAUGGGGAGUAAAUUUUAGCUCAUGAUAAAAAACAAAAUGCAAAAUCUCAACACACCGUUAUUACUCUGAAGUUAGAAAGAUUAUCUUGGAGAGAAAAUAUCUACAUCCUAAUAAAUUUCUUUGAGCAUUAAUGCUUACACCUUCGAGUGUGAUACAGAAAUUGGAAAGAGCUCUGACUGAAAAAGGUCUGGCGGACCUUCUGUGUUGUACAGUGUUAACUUCAGUAGUGAGCCAAAUAUUAUAGUUUAAAUAUCUGGUUAGAAUAUUCAGGAUUUAAGCCAUUUAUAGGGGAUAUAAAUGUUUCUUAUACCAACCAAUUUUAAAGCAUGUAUAGAGCCACAGUUCCAGAGAUUCAACCAUUUAACCCAAAAUGCUACUAUACAAUGUGUUAAGAACUUGUCUGGCAGUGUAUAGGAUAUCUACAACUGUAUUAUAAAAAGAAGUUGUAUAAAGAUAUAUUAAUUUGGAGGAAUAUUGAAUGACAAAGUUAUUAUUACUCGUAACUGUACAGAGAUCAUUUUACCCGCACUCUGAAGUUUCUAAAGUUACUUUUUUUUAUGUCUCAAUAUAACCAUAUAAUCACCUCUGUGUCUUGAAGCAAAUAUUCCAUACAGAUCAUAUUCUUAGAAGCCAAUUGUAAGUGGUUGUAGCUUUGCUUUGUCAUGUAAGGGAUGACUGUUAACUAAGUCACUGUAGCAUGGCAAAUAUUGUAAACGUUAUUCUGAUUAGUAUCUAUUCGCUUCACCACACUGCAGUAAUACAGGCGGCAAUUAAUCUGUCUGGGGUCACUUCAUGUUGUUUGUGUUAUAUUUUUUGUUCUGUAAUGUCAAAUAAACGAUUUAUCUGCAUUGACAAAA